UUCCAAACACGCCUUGCCUGUAGCUUUCCCCUGAAAAAUUCCUACCAAAUUGAAACCUGUUUUCUAGGCAUGUGUCUGAAACUCCAACUGAGAACCAAUCCGCACAUAGGGAGGGAAUGACGAGAUUACUAUCAAAAGCAUUCCCAUAUGUGAAACCCCAUCAUAUUCAUCAUCAUCAUCAUCUUGGUAGUAGCCCUAACCCUAAUAAACCAUCAAAAUUUUCUCCCUCCUCACCUCUACGACCUAGUUAUUCCCCGUCACCAUCAUCUUCGUCUUCAUUGAAGCAUUCAUGGUUGGUAUACCUCAUUCUCUCCACCAAUACCCCAAUCAAAACAUAUGUUGGCGUCACCACCAAUUUCUCUCGCCGCCUUAGACAACAUAACGGUGAACUGAAAGGUGGUGCAAAAGCUUCCUGUAUUGGAAAGCCAUGGGUUUGUGCAUGCAUUAUUCAAGGAUUUAUGGACCGAAGUGAAGCAUGUGCGUUUGAAUCAAAAUGGAAGAUCUUUUCAAGGAAGCUGCCCCGGAAAAAGAAAAUUGAUGAGACGGAGAAACAACUUGACAAUGGCUCACUUUUGCUACUGCAACAUAGGCAAGCAGCUCUAAAUAGGGUCAAAAGUUCGAUCAAUUGCAAUCACUUAGAAAUUCUCUGGCAAUUGGAUCCUUGGUGAUUCUAUCAUAUUCAUUUUCUUUUCCUUUGUGCUAUGUGUGAUCUUGGAUUCGCCAGGGGAAAGAAAAUUAAAUUCAAACAUACUUACUCAUUUUUUCAGGCAUACUAAGUAAAACUUGUAUUUCCGAUAAAUAUCAUUUCAUUCUUUUCUUGGUUUUUGAAGUCAACAAAAGAAAAAAAAAAAUUUCUUUCACUACAAAUACGGUAUUUAUAUCUCUAUCCAUUCAUAUCUUUUCUCUCUAAAGAUCCGAGAUCCAUUCAUAGUGUUGUAACAAUAUUUGUAAUCUUCUUUGCUAUGUUGAUUAGUAAUUUUAUAAUAAUCUGAAAUACGGAUGAUGUAAUCUUGUAAAACUGUUACAUUUCAUAUUCCGUUGUACAAUAUAACCCAUGUUUAUGUAUUAGUAUAGCCAACUUUGCUAAUGUAUGACAACCUAGUGGCCGCAAGCACAAGUAUGGAUAUGAAGGUGUUUGAAAUGAGAUUUUGCAUUUCUUGUA